GUACAUGUUCCGUUAGUCAUCUUUUCGCACCACGAUACAAACACAUCUGUAAAUUUGUCCGCGAGCCGGACGUUUGUGUUGUACCUCGCGCUUAAAUGUAAUUACUAGUUUUGUUAUUACGUGAAGACCAAGCCGUCAGAGAGCAAUUUUGAAAAUUUUUGAGAAAAGGAUGGAUAAUCCAUUACCACAUAUUAUGGAAAGCGUGGAUUGUGAUGGUUCAACAAAGCCGAAAGACAGGUUAGUCAGCCUUCUUGAUCAGAUCGAAGUGCAUGUAGAACAACUGAGGAAAGAUGCUUGGAGACUCGAAGAAGAAAGAGAUACACUCCUGACUACCUUAGACACACUUAGAAACAAUGAAAUUUUAAGUGGAUUAAAUGAAACUGACAAGGACGAUGUGCUGAGGUAUGCUGAAAGAUUGUCUAUGCGAUGUUUAACAGUUGAUGUGUUGGUUAAAAUUCAGCGUGAUCAAAUUCAAGAAGAAGCACUACAUCAGGUAAAUGGUUUGAUAGAUAGUUUAGUUGUUGGCCUCCGUGAUGAUCCAGCUGGAACUCGGCAGCGUUGUGCAUCUUUUAUGAAUGCUUGUACUUCACAAAGUGUUGGCCAUUCUGAUAAAACCUUUGAAACAGCAAUUCUUGGGUGUACUAUGGAUGAUCAGAAACGAAUAAAAAAGAGACUGCAGGGACUAUUAGAUUAUAUUGAUAAAAUGCACACAAUUAAAUUACUGUGAAGCUUUAUUUGGAAUAACUGAUUUUUAAAGAAGUCAGAUAAGUAACUCUUUAAAUCAGUAAUUAAUACGACCUAGUUAUCUGAAAAGAGAUUUGAGAAAAACUGAUUAUAGCAGGGUGCUUGAUAAUUCAAUAAUGUUUAUGGUAAAUGUACAAAAAGUAUCAUAUAUUGUGAGUUUUUUCUCUACAUGUACUAUUUCUAUGCCUUGCUAUCUGGGCAAAUAAGCUUUUAUGCAUAUUACACUUGUAUAUGCGUGUUAAUUAUGAUAGGAAAUUAUUAUAAAAUUACUAUAACAAAUAAUACAUAUUUCCGUACUUAAAAGAUUCUGAGAAUUAAAAUUGUUUAUUUUCGAAAUAAAUGAUUAUAACAUACAGAGAGUCCUGUGUAACGCGACUCGCUAUUUCUUUGCCAUUUGCAGCCAUGUAACAAAAAAUGUUUUGAACCAUACUUUGAUGGUGUCGAGCGUACUACAAAUGAUAGAAAGAAUCCCGAAAAUACUUCGUUUUCAUAACGAAACUAGUGUCACCUUAGUUAACACAAAUAGAAUUAUAUGUUGCUUCUUCCAUGAAAUUGUAGAGGAUUUUAUAAGAAAUUUUAUAGUGGAAGUAAUAUUUCACUUGCUGAUACAUUUCAGAAUUAUUUACAUUUCAUAAGGAAGGAAUUACUACAUCAUGUAGAGUUGUACAUCCAGCCACUCUAAUAACAAAAUAAUAACUUUCUACAAAAGAGCAAAAUGUCAUAUUGCAGAAGUCAUUAUGCUAUUUGAAUAAGUGAUAAAGUGUGCUGUAGGUCGGUUGUAGGUGCAGUAAAUGACAUCCAAAUUCUUCAUGGAGUUUAUCGAAAAUUUACUGUUCAAAACGAUUGGUAGACAAUGUUACUUCGCAAACAUCGCAUCUUACAUUCCUUAUAACAGAGGAAAAAAGAAAAAAUUAUUUAUUUUAAAAAAAAUAAGAAAUAAGAAAUUAAAUCAUAUUAUUUCUCGUGGAAUUCUUAAAAAUGGCCAAUACAAUAAACUGAUAUAGGCGAGAUGCUGACAAACGGGACAAACGUGAUCUCUCACAUCUGAAGAAUACUUAGCGACUGAAAUAAAAAGAAGUCGCAACGCGCGUAAUAAUCCGCGCUUGGUGAUAGAAGACAGUCGCAGCGCGCUUGGAUGCAAAUGGGUUAAAGAACGGUUCAAAACAGUUUUUGUUACAUGGCCGCAAAUGGCAAAAAAAUAAUGAGUAGCGUUACGCGGGGCCCCCUGUAUAUGAUAUUGAAGCAUAAUAUGUUGAGCGUAAUAACUUCACUAGAAUCUAUAUUUGAAAAGAAGUAAAACGAAUAAUAUAAGUAUAUGCAAAGCUUGAUAUUUUGAUUGUGGAUAAAUAAAAACAAGAAGUCAUUAAAAUUAAAAACAUUUUGUUAUGUACAGGGUGUACAAAGAAGUUGGGGAAAACUUUAGGGCAUAUAGUAUUCAUUAAAAUAAGAAAAAGAAUCUUAAUAAACAUCUAUCUAAAAAUCAUUAGUUUCCGAGUUACGAGAUGUUUAGUGUAUGAAAGUAUAGUGUAUAGUAAACCAGUUGCUUUGUUAAAUGAAUUGAUAUAACAAAUCGAUAACUGCUGCCAAGAAAUAAGGGAAGGGCAUCUUUCAUUGUGUGCGUGAUUCUAUCAAAAGAACGAAACUAUCGAUUCUAUCAAAGAACCAAAAUAUGUGUUAAAAUGAAUAAUGAACGGGAAUCAUAUUAAAUAUAUGCUGCAGAAUAAAUAUGUUAUUGACAAAAACAUUUAGUAAUUCAAAAACUAACUAUUUUUAGGCUCAAGUUUAUUUACUUACCUUUUUUUUUACUUUACUUACUUCUUACGUUUUUGUACACCUUGUAUAUGCGACAGAACAGAAUGUAUAUAUAUACACAUUAUUAAAAUUUUGUGCGAUUUAA